CGUAGGCGCGCGACUCUCGUAGCCUCCCGGUUAAGAGUGUCUACGUGGAGGCUUGUUAAGUGGCGACGUGUCCGCGCUCUUGGCCGUUACUCCUCCCUCCUCCGUCUCCGUCGACAUCAGACUCUCUACUCUCUCUCUCUCUCUCUCUCUCUCCUACUCCGAAUCCAAACAAUGAGGACGAUCGUUUCGCGUUUGAUCCGAUUCAAAUCGUCUUUCGCUCAGACACGGUUCGUUUCUGCAUCAUACGGUGGCGGCGGGAGGUAUCUCUCUACAGACUCUAACAAAAUCGAUGAGCCGUUUGAUGCUGAGGAAGCAGAGACUGUACAUGUGCCUCCACCUCCUACUGAGAAGUUACUUGUCCUUGGUGGAAAUGGCUUUGUUGGAUCACAUGUAUGUAAAGAAGCGUUAGAUCGUGGCUUAUCUGUCUCUAGCCUUAGCAGAUCAGGUAAGUCGUCUUUACAAGAGUCAUGGGCUAGUAGAGUAACAUGGCAUCAAGGUACUGUUAUAACUCCUCAACAUGUUUUAGGAACUUGCUGGAUUAUUUCCUUUAUCUUCAUUUUCCUUUAUAUUUUCCCAGGAAACCUUCUGUCAUCUGAUUCAUUGAAAGAUGCUCUUGAUGGAGUGACUUCUGUGAUCUCUUGUGUUGGUGGUUUUGGUUCAAACUCGUAUAUGUAUAAGAUUAAUGGGACUGCAAACAUCAACGCAAUUAGAGCUGCCUCAGAGAAAGGUGUGAAAAGAUUUGUCUAUAUCUCUGCUGCUGAUUUCGGACUAGCCAACUACUUGUUGAGCGGAUACUAUGAGGGAAAGCGAGCCGCUGAGACCGAGCUGCUCACAAGAUUUGCUUAUGGAGGGAUAGUCUUGCGGCCUGGUUUUAUAUAUGGAACUCGCAGCGUUGGAAGCAUGAAGAUCCCAUUGGGAGUCUUUGGCUCACCAAUGGAGAUGGUUCUUCAACAAGCAAAACCGCUGAACCAGCUCCCGUUAGUCGGACCUUUGUUCACACCUCCGGUGAAUGUUGAAUCGGUUGCAAAAGUUGCGGUUAGAGCAGCUACGGAUCCAGUCUUCCCUCCAGGGAUUGUAGAUGUUCAUGGAAUACAACGUUACAGCCAACAGAAAUCGAGAUAAGCCAGCUUGAUUAUACUCUCUUGUUGUUUAUGUAGAGUUUGGCUGCUUUACUCUGAUAAAAUGUUUUCUUGUUUCUCUCGCCAUAAACUUCCCACAAAUAAAUAAAGAAGACAAAGCUUUUUAUUGAUACUA